GGUUUGGGCCAUUUAAUAAACCUCUUCAACCGGCUUGUGGUAGAAUUUAACUUCAAUCGAGUUAAAACCGAAUAAUUUCCUGAGUGAAAACGUGUUUGAAUCGUCUGUACUUGCCUUGGAUUAUUUUUACAGUUCUUAUCAAUUCUAGCUCUUUCGGAAGUGCUGAGCACCAUGAAAUUAAUAACGAGGUUAGCAGCUUUAUUGCUGCUGGUUAUAUCUUUUGUGUCCUCCAAGACUGAAGAAAAAGAUAAGGAUAAAGAUUCUAUUGGUACUGUUAUAGGAAUUGAUUUAGGAACCACUUAUUCAUGUGUUGGUGUUUUCAAGAAUGGCAGAGUAGAAAUCAUUGCUAAUGACCAAGGUAACCGAAUCACACCUUCGUAUGUUGCUUUCACUGCUGAAGGAGAACGUUUAAUUGGAGAUGCUGCUAAAAAUCAACUGACUUCCAAUCCAGAAAACACUGUGUUUGAUGCCAAACGACUUAUUGGGCGUGAAUGGUCUGAUCCUACUGUACAAAGAGAUAUUAAAUACUUUCCUUUUAAGGUAAUUGAAAAAAAUAAUAAACCUCAUAUCAAGGUAGCCACAAAAGAAGGUAAUAAAGUUUUUGCGCCUGAAGAAAUCUCCGCCAUGGUCCUUUCUAAAAUGAAAGAAACAGCUGAAGCUUAUCUUGGCAAGAAGAUAGUUAAUGCUGUGGUUACUGUUCCUGCUUAUUUCAAUGAUGCUCAAAGGCAAGCUACUAAGGAUGCUGGAGUAAUUGCCGGCCUGAAUGUGAUGAGAAUAAUUAACGAACCCACUGCCGCAGCCAUUGCAUAUGGGUUGGACAAAAAGGAAGGCGAAAAGAACAUCCUUGUUUUUGAUCUCGGUGGUGGUACCUUCGAUGUAUCGUUGCUGACCAUCGAUAAUGGUGUCUUUGAAGUAGUUGCUACCAAUGGUGAUACUCACCUCGGUGGGGAAGAUUUUGAUCAAAGAGUAAUGGAGCAUUUUAUUAAGAUAUAUAAGAAGAAAACUGGCAAUGAUAUCAGAAGUGAUAAUAGAGCUGUUCAGAAACUUAGGCGAGAAGUUGAAAAAGCAAAGAGGACACUUUCUACUGCUCAUCAGGCAAGGAUAGAAAUAGAAUCUUUCUAUAAAGGCGAAGAUUUCAGUGAAACAUUGACAAGAGCCAAGUUUGAAGAAUUAAAUAUGGAUUUGUUCCGUUCUACCAUGAAGCCCGUACAGAAAGUACUUGAAGAUGGUGAUCUUCAGAAGAAGGACAUCGAUGAAAUCGUCCUGGUUGGUGGGUCUACUAGAAUUCCUAAAAUUCAGCAGUUGGUAAAGGAAUUCUUCAAUGGAAAAGAACCAACUCGAGGAAUUAACCCUGAUGAAGCUGUAGCAUAUGGUGCUGCUGUUCAAGCUGGUGUUUUAAGUGGAGAUGAAGAUACAGGUGAACUGGUUCUUCUGGAUGUAAACCCUCUGACCCUUGGCAUUGAAACUGUUGGAGGUGUAAUGACAAAACUGAUCCCCAGAAAUUCAGUUAUUCCAACAAAAAAAGCUCAAAUCUUCUCUACUGCAUCUGAUAAUCAGAAUACUGUAACAAUUAAGGUUUAUGAAGGUGAAAGGCCGAUGACAAAAGAUAACCACAUCUUGGGCUCUUUCGAUCUAACUGGCAUUCCUCCAGCUCCUCGUGGUGUACCUCAGAUCGAAGUAACUUUUGAAAUAGAUGUAAAUGGAAUCUUGAAGGUCACUGCUGAAGAUAAAGGUACUGGUAACAAAGAGAAAAUCACAAUCACCAACGAUCAUAAUCGUCUGACACCCGAAGACAUCGAGAGAAUGAUCAGAGAUGCUGAACAGUUUGCAGAAGAUGACAAGAAGGUGAAAGAAAAAGUAGAAGCAAGAAAUGAACUGGAAUCUUACGUGUAUACUCUGAAGAAUCAGAUUAGUGACAAAGAAAAAAUGGGUGGAAAAUUGAGUGAUGCUGAUAAAGAAAAAAUAGAAGAAGCUUUGGAAGAAAAAAUUAAAUGGCUGGAAAGUAAUCCUGAUGCAGAUGCUGAAGAAUACAAAUCUCAGAAAAAGGAAGUUGAAAGUGUUGUCACUCCAAUUGUUUCAAAAUUAUAUGGUGAAGGUGGUCAUCCACCACCUCCUUCAGGAGAAGAAGAUUUUAAAGAUGAAUUAUAAGACUAAUUAAUUCCAUAAUUUCAGUACAAAAAAGAUUUGCAGACAUUAAGCAUCCAAGUAGGAUGGACUUGUAAAAUUCACUCUCACCCAUGAACUUUGACCAUCAUGUGUAGACUUUCACUCAUUUGUAUAUAUUUUUUCACUAUUUAUACACAAAUUGUUCUAAUGUUAAGUAGUUGAAUAAAUUAAGUUUAUUUGUA